GCACUGCGAAAAAUCACCAACAGGACUGUUAGCAAGGUUCUUGGUAUACGCCACUCCAUCGCCACAGUGGGUUGUUGAAAAUGUUUAUAGCAUUGCUGAUCAUCAGCGCAGCUGUCUGCGCCAGUGCACAGACCACUUGCAACAGUGAUUGGACAGAAGAAUACGUUGUCCAGAAGGACGACUGUUUGUCGCAGAUUGCCAAAGCGUAUGGCGUCGGCGUGAGAGCGAUUGCCAGCCGUAAUCCACAGAUCAGAAAUGUCAACUUCAUCGAAGUGGACUGGGUAUUGUGUCUACCAGCUGGUCAGAGACGCAGACGGCCAAUGAAAUGUGUUGCUGGCGUGAUAGACAGUGACAGCUCAGAAAAUCCGGCAGGAGUGAUGAACCAAAAACGGCGGCAACCCGCUGCAGCGAAGCCGACUGAACCGCCUCCACCAACCGUACCGCCCACAGAAUCCGAGGAUUACGUCGAAGUAACGGAUGAUGAUGGUGGCGCGAAGACCAACGUGGUCACAACUCCACUUCAUAAAGAUACUAGACCACCGAAAGAUACAAGGAAAAACACCGACCUAAAGAAAAAUCCUCUGCAAAAUGCGGCAUCAACAAUGCCAACCGUAUCAUCAUCCACUGAUUCUAGCUCUCUUAGUGCCAAUCAGCAACCUGUUGGUUCAUCCUUAUCAGGAACAAUCGAUCCCAACAUUGUACAGUGCCAGUUUUUCGACAACGGCUUAGCCAAUUGCUGGAAAGUGUGUACCGCAGAUGAAUUCGAAUAUGCCGUUGACACGACUUCGGACAGCACCAUUACGAUGCGGCAGUGUGUGGAGAAUCAAGCUCCUGUUAUCCACUCCUGGGACGUUAAUGACGGAAUUUUGGCAAACUGGUUGCGACCAAGACUUAUUAAAGCGGGUGGCAAAGAGCGCAUUAUUGCUGCCUGCACGUUUUGGCGGAAUCGUACCUUCUCCUGUGUUGAAAGCAUCAUGUGCUCAGAGGUGACUGCGUCAAACACGAAACCCGUGUGUCAAGGUGGAAAAAGAUGGUCUGGAAAAGCAACCGAAGGAGAUCCAUUACGUGAUGCGGCGAUAAUCAAAGGCGUCAUCAAAUCUCCUCCAGCAGGCGGAAUCGGCCGUUCGCGAAGGGAUGCCCCCAGAAGGGAUGGUCCGUUGGAUGUGGCGGCUAAUACUGUGGAGCGUCAGCGAACGACACAGCAGACAAUUCAAUCAGACAGUGAUCCGGAUACAAUUCAGUGCACGUUCUACAACGACUUCCAUGCCAUAUGCGACGACCAGUGCUCUUAUGACCCAGAAGUACUGGACCUUGAAAAUAAGAUGAAAAUUAUGCACCGUGUAUGCAAUAAAUCGGGAGUUUCUAACUUUCAAUGGACAGCCAACGACGGAAUUAUUGCUCCUGGAUUGCUUCCCAAUUCUACCUUCCGCCCCCGUCAUCGUAUUUCGGCGAUUUGUACUUUCUCAAAAACGGGGAAAAUUUUUGAGUGUUCAGGAGUAGCGAUCUGUGAUCCAAGCAAGCCAGCGGCCUUUGACCAGUGCUCUGGUGGAUUGCCCUGGCGGGGAAAGAAAACGGGAUCCAGCGAUCCUUUGCAAUCUGUCGCUCCGAUUGGAGUAAUUGAAUCUUUUGCCCAGAACAGUGCUGCCGCGUCGCCGCCGUCUUCUAUGAUGACAGAACCCAGAGAGACCGGCGCUGAAUCUAAUCCACUCCAGGCGGACCCGGGACAACCUGACGACGUGGAUUCUGCCAGUACACCCGCGGUUCCGGUUUCCACAACUGAAAUUCUGGUGCCUGCUACGGCUUCCUCGACCAGAUCAUUACGCCAUCGUACUCCAGUGAUUAAGACGAUUGCGGAGCAGAAUGCUGCCAAUCAGGAGGCAGUCAGAUGCGCGAACAGAGUUAAAAGCUGCGUGUUUGGAAAGGAUGGCGAUCAAAAAGAAAUUGGCGGAUGUUUUAAGUAUUCUGUUAUGGGCACUAGUGGCUCCGCAACCGCCAGCAAAGCCACAGUAGAUUCAACGACUCCACCCAAACGCACCGCAGGAAACAUGUUAAAAAACUUCCCAAUUGGGCAUGCUGAGUGUCUGAUUCUCUAUGGCAAUGAAUUCUGCAAAGUCUACAAUGUAAGCUAUUGCCGAAAAGAUGUACUGGAGCCGUUCGGGAGGAUCACCAGUUGCGGAUUACAGGCGGUUUCCUUUAGUGCGAAAGCGUCAACGAUGCAGGAAUGCGACAGUAUUGGUCUAUUUCGUGGUGACCAGUACAAAUACACUUGCACAAUACUAAAAUCAUGGAGCGCUGAUUCAUGGGACCAUACUUGCUACAGUCCUGUAGCCAGGUCACCAGGGCAAAUGCAGCUGCGUAUCGCUGUGGCUAGUACACUCGAGGGCGAAGUAAACGACCUCCUGGCCGACGUUCGAAGCCAGGCUUCGGCCAUGCCGGAUGUCGCUAGGGUCGAAUGUGAUAUCUUCGAGAAGGUGGCAUCCUGUGUAUGGUACGAAUUGGCAGGAUGCAGCGACCGAUACGAUGCCCGUACAAUCACACAGGUGUACAACUGCUUCGUACGACGGUUUCAGAUGAGAAAGCUUUAGAGGUUACUGUACAGAUUGCUGUCCAUAAUUAUUCUUAAUUAUUCGUAACCAAACUGCAAUUGCAACUGCAAAAACCAAAAAAGUCUGCAAGUGGUAAAAUCGUCCAGCUGCAGCUAUGUUAAACCUCAUGUUG